GCAUAUUGGAGUUGAGACAAAAGGCUGAGGUAGUUUAGGUUAUUUUUCGCCUAUAAAGCCAGGCCCUCACUCCUUCUGUUGCUUCCGGUUCGCCUUUCAAUACACUCUCUGCCAUUAAAUUUUGAAGCAUUUCAUCUUCUUCGGCUUUAAGGUCUCUCUAAUGGCGGCAGUUGCUACAAAACCUGCGAGUUCUGAGUCUGAGAAGAUCUUGAAACUCCAAUCGGCUGUUGCAGGCCUCAAUCAGAUCAGUGAAAGUGAGAAAUUUGGCUGCAUUAAUCUUGUUUCUCGCUAUCUCAGUGGCGAUGCACAGCAGAUUGAAUGGGCAAAGAUUAAGACUCCAACUGAUAAAGUUGUGGUUCCCUAUGAGACUUUAGCACCUCCUUCUGAUGACUUAUCAGAGAUUAAAAAGCUUCUGGACAAGCUUGUGGUUUUGAAGCUUAAUGGGGGACUGGGAACAACUAUGGGGUGUACUGGUCCCAAAUCUGUCAUUGAAGUGCGGAAUGGCUUGACCUUUCUUGAUCUAAUUGUGAUCCAGAUUGAGAAUUUAAACACAAAAUACGGGUGCAAUGUACCUUUGCUCCUGAUGAAUUCAUUCAAUACGCACGAUGACACCUUGAAGAUCGUGGAGAAAUACUCCAACUCAAACAUCAUUAUUCACACCUUUAAUCAGAGUCAAUACCCUCGUCUUGUUGUUGAGGAUUUUAUGCCAUUACCUUGCAAGGGAAAUGCGGGAAAGGAUGGUUGGUAUCCUCCCGGCCAUGGUGAUGUCUUCCCCUCCUUAUUGAACAGUGGCAAGCUUGAUGCACUAUUGUCACAGGGAAAGGAGUAUGUUUUUAUUGCCAACUCUGACAACCUUGGGGCUAUUGUCGACCUAAAAAUUCUAAACCACUUGAUCCAGAAUCAGAAUGAAUACUGUAUGGAGGUGACACCAAAGACUCUUGCAGAUGUGAAGGGUGGCACUCUUAUCUCAUAUGAAGGACGGGUCCAGCUCCUGGAAAUAGCACAAGUUCCCGAUGAACAUGUUAACGAGUUCAAGUCAAUAGAGAAGUUCAAGAUUUUCAAUACCAACAACUUAUGGGUAAAUUUGAAGGCCAUUAAACGGCUUGUGGAAUCUGAUGCACUGAAGAUGGAGAUAAUUCCAAAUCCUAAGGAAGUCGAUGGUUUCAAAGUUCUUCAGCUGGAAACAGCAGCUGGUGCAGCUAUAAGGUUCUUUGAUCAAGCCAUUGGUAUUAAUGUUCCACGUUCAAGAUUCCUUCCAGUGAAGGCAACAUCCGACUUACUUCUUGUCCAGUCGGAUCUUUAUACGUUGGUCGAUGGCUUUGUAAUUCGAAGUAAAACCAGAGCAAACCCUGCAAAUCCCUCCAUCGAGUUGGGGCCUGAAUUCAAAAAGGUUGGCAACUUUCUUAGUCGCUUCAAGUCGAUACCUAGCAUCAUUGAACUUGAUAGUUUAAAGGUCUCGGGUGAUGUUUGGUUUGGUGCUGGUGUUGCCCUCAAGGGACAAGUGACCAUUGCUGCUAAACCGGGAGAGAAACUGGAAAUUCCUGAUGGAGCCGUCAUUGAGAACAAGGUGAUUAAGAGUUUCGAGGAUAUAUAAGGGUUUCUCUUUCUCGCUCCGAUUGUGGAUGAAUGAAUAUAAUUAAUUGCUAUGUGAUGAAGAAUUUCGAGGAUAUCCUCUCUCUUUUCCCUCAGAUGUAGCUGAAUUUUGGUUUGUAUGGUGCUCACCCCUAAUCAACGUAAUAAAUAGUAUGGUAUUUUUGCUUGUCUUAAAAGGAAA